UCUGAUCCGUCGUCGCGGGGCCGCGGAUUCCCCAUUCGGGCCCAGGGUCUUACCUGGUGAAACGAGGCUGCUGCAACCGUCUAUCGGUAUCGAUCCUGCUCACAGAUUUCCGCACAUCCCGUCGCUUAGGCCGUCAGAGGAAUUUGUGGUAUGGCAAAAAUGCAGAGAAUCGAAGCCGACCUCCUUACCAGACCCACCAUUGCCAUCUUGGACGAAGAAUGCCAACCAAACCGAUCUACUUAGCGGGCGGGAAAUUUCAAAUUUCCAGAUUUUUUAAGUUCGGGCGAAUUCGGUUUUGCUCGGUUCACGGUUCGCCCGCUGCAGCGCCCCGUCCGACAGACGCCAUUUUUUAGCGAACGCCGAGUGCCGAUUAUUUGUGGCCCCAGAAUCGCGCCGAUUGAGCUUCUAAUUUUGUCAUGGACUUGACAUUCAACGGGUUAAUUAGGUAGCUGGCAAAUUCAAGCGUUCAACAUGGAGCACGUGCGUUCGUUCAAUGCAGAGCUCUCGUCUCUGUACGAGGUCAAACCGCCUAUUUCGAAGGCGAAGAUGAACAACCUCACCAAGACAGCCAUCAAAGCCAUCAAGUUCUACAAACAUGUUGUUCAGAGCGUGGAGAAAUUCAUACAAAAGUGUAAAAUGGAAUACAAAGUACCUGGGUUGUACGUCAUCGACAGUAUUGUGAGGCAGUCGAGGCACCAGUUUGGCGCAGACAAAGACGUCUUUGCACCGAGAUUUGCAAAAAAUCUCUACUUGACAUUCACACACCUCUUUCAAUGCCCUCCUGAAGACAAAAGCAAAAUCAUACGAGUGCUGAAUUUGUGGCAGAAAAACCAAGUUUUCACUGCCGAUAUUAUUCAGCCCAUUUUCGACUUGGCAGACCCAAAUAAAAGGCCUGAGCCUACUGCAAAUGGAGUCACUGUCAAAACUUCGCCUCAAAAAGCAGUGACAGACAGCAGCACACCAAAGUGGCCUGAAACUGCCGGAAGCACUCCGAAGGUGAUGAACGCGCCACAAGGAGACCAGCAGCAUUCCUUGGUACAGCAGCUACAGACUCUGCAGCACCUGUUUAUAUUGCAGCAGCAACAAGGGCAGCAGGAGCAACAAGUUAAAUUUGACAAGAAGCUGCUUGAUUUUGAUUAUGGUGACGAGGAGGAAGAAGAUCACAACGAUGGUUCCAACCAAGCUGGGCAAGGAGGGGAUUCUCUUCCAGCUCUAGAGUCUCUUGGAAAUCUUCUAGCUAAUCCGGUAGUGUUAAGGCAACUGCAGACUUUGCAAAUGACAGUGAGCCAACAGCAACAAGUAGAGAUUGAAGAAAAAGUCAGGCGACUGCAAGAAAUGAAGCAACAAGAGGCUGAAUUUGACAAACACCUUGCGCAGACUGUUCCUAAUCUGCCUUUUGCAAGCCAAUGUGAACUGAAGCCCAUUCCGAUAUCGGAGCUGAAAGCAACGCCGAAUGAAACUAAUGUUGAUCUUAGUGCAUUUGGACUUGACAUGUCAGUGCCACCUCCCGGUUAUUCAGCCCUGUUGUCAUCUAUUCAGCAACAAGCUCUUCUAGGCGUUGAUAUAUCUAUGGAUGCUGACUUAAGAAAACAACAAGUGCAAAUUAUAAGUUUAGAUUCUGGUGACGAAGGGAAAUCUGAAAGAAGUAGGUCCAGAAGUAGAUCUCCUAGAGGAAGGCGGCGAAGAAUGAGAUCUAGGAGCAGAGACAGAAGAAGAGGACGUCGAUCCCGCAGUAACUCGCGGGGUAGACGUUCUAGAAGUAGAUCAAGAAAAAGAGGGUUGCCAUCAGGCAGCAGAGAUAGAGAGGAGCGUGAACAAGAAAGAGAGAAGGAAAGAGAGCGAAAAAGGAAAGGACUAGCGCCAGUUAAAAAAGAUCAUUUGAGUGUUUGCAGCACAACACUCUGGGUAGGGCACCUGUCUAAGCUGGUCCAACAAGAAGAACUUUCCGAUACAUUUGGAGAGUAUGGAGAUAUCAUUUCCAUAGAUUUGAUACCGCCGAGAGGUUGUGCUUUCAUCUGCAUGAACCGUAGGCAAGAUGCGUAUAAGGCACUCAACAAGCUCAAAAAUCACAAAAUGCAGGGAAAAGUUAUUACUUUGGCAUGGGCGCCUGGUAAGGGUGUGAAAGGCAAAGAAUGGAAGGACUACUGGGAGGUGGAGCUUGGAGUGACAUAUAUACCCUGGGUCAAAUUGAGCAGAGAAGUCAAUAUGGAGCAGUUUGAGGAAGGUGGAAUGGUAGACGAAGAAACAAUACCUGACUAUCUUAAAAAUAAAGCAGCGCAGCAAAUGAUGCCCCAAAUGGUUCAGCCAUUCCUUCAAAUGCCGGAGGCCAUAGCAGCCGCCACAGACACCUCUCAACCACCACCUAAUGCGGGAAUGCAAACAAACAAUCCUCUUGCCAUGGUUCCACCAUUCAGCUUGCCUCCACCACUUACUCUGACGAUGAAUCCAAAUUUGGUUUCUAUGGGCGUUCCUCCCCCUGGAAUGCUGCCUAUGGUUGUUGGCCCCUAUGGCGCUGCCAACCCUUUGCUGUCCACAUUGGGUCAAAUACCUCUUCCGCCAUCGGCUCCUCCUGGCCAAGACAAAUUGCCUGAGGUGAAUGUUCCACCGCCAGGACCAAACAUGGGUGGCGCCGCUCCCCCUAUGGAAAUGAAUCUGCCUGAUAAGCUGCUGGACAGUGAUAUCAUCAUGGAAGACGCCAAACGGGGUGCAGGGAACCAAAUGAGACUUAGUGACGAGCUGCUGGCUACCCUGAAGGGUGGCCCUCCACCUAUUGGGCGUGAGGGAAGAGAAAGACGACCAAGGAGGGACCGCUGGGAACGCAGUCCUGAAGAACAGCAGUGGCACGCCAACAGGGAUGACAGCCGCGCGCAGCCAACCACUUCAGUUCAGGAUAGGCUGAGGAGUUUGGCACAUGGAGAUUAUGACACCGGAAGAUUGGCUGGCCCCCGAGACCAUGACUUACGCCUCUCUCCAGAGCGAGGCAUGUCCCCGCCAAGGGAACCUGAGAUGAUGAUUGGAGUUGGAGAAAUAAUGGACUUCAUGGGUCCGCCAGGUGGACCCCCUCCUCGCCGCUACAGUCCUGACCCAUACGGUGGCCCCUCCAUCCUGGGACCUCCACCUAUUCACGAUGGCUUCCGUGGCCGAGGCCUUCAUGAUGACUUUGGCCCUCCUGUAGGCCCUGACUUUGGGCCACCCUUUGACGACUUUCCACCAAACGGAAGACCUUUUGACGACUUUCCUCCGGAUCCGUUUGAUGGCCCACCCCACGAUGAUUUCAUGGACCGAGGGGACUUCUUUCCGCCACACCACGAUAUGUUCAGACCAAGGUCCGAAGGUUUCGGCAUGCGCAUGAUGGGCCCUGGAGGACCACCCAUUCGAGGCAUGUUCCGAGGCCCGAGAGGAGGACCCAUGGGCAUGAGAGGGCCUCGACCCAUGCGAGUAGGACCACCAGGUGCCAUGUGGCAUGAAGGCGACGGCCUUCCUUUUGACCCGAUGGACGAUGGCUUUAACGAUGUGCCGUUCUUUGACGAACCUAUGGAUAUGCACCCAGAUAUGCACAUGCGGCGCCAUCGAGAGCGCGGUGGCCGUGGGCGCUUCCCUCGCGGCCGUCAUGAAGGGGGUCGUUGGGAAGAGGGCGGUCUAAGGGAUGGCCCUAGAGAUAUUCCAAGAGACGGCCCUCGAGAUGGCCCAAGGGAUGGCCCUAGAGAUGUUCCAAGAGAUGGCCCUAGAGAUGUUCCAAGAGAUGGCCCUAGAGACGGCCCAAGAGAUCUUCCCAGAGACGGCCGUAGAGAUGGUUCACGAGACCGUACAGAAGAAAGAGGCCCUCGAAGGGAGGAUAAUGGCCGGCGAGAGGAACGUCCACGAGAUGAAGAGCAACGACGUGAACGAGAACGCAGCCGACCUUCUCGCUGGAGCAAAGUCAGUCCUCCACCCCCUGAGAUAAUUGCAGCUGAAGCGCCUCCUGCCGUCCCUGACACGGUCCCUGAAAAGCCGUCAAUACCUUCUGCAGUAGAAAAUGGAGGAGGAGAAGGAGAGCCAGAGCCCGCUCCAGAACCAACCCCUGUUGCUGCUGCUGAAGAAACUGCACCUGAGGCGUCCGCUGACUAAGAAAAUAGGAGCCUUUGACCAAUGAGCUGUGAUCAGACGAUGCCAAAGAGAUUUUUAUGGGCUAUUUUUGCAAUAAUAAUGUUCAAAUUUUUAAAAUCUUGACUUUUCUUUGAACUGAAUGAACGAACCCAGCAAAGGUAGGUCUGAUCCAGCCAGCAGCAAAAGGACUCCGCCAGCGCCUGCACUCUAACGCAGUGUUUGGUGCAAGGUAUUGUGUACAUACUGUGGAAACACGAUUUUGAUUGUGAAUAAUUAAUUAUCCGAUUGUAUGGCAUGCCUUUCGAUGUGAAAUAAAAAAAAAUUCGCCGUCGAGCAAACGAUA